AGAUCAUUUGUCUAAGCUUUUAUCUGAGAGUACCUCUCUGCAAGUUUGCAAAUCGAGAGAUGGGUGUGCUGUUAGGGUAUCGCUUGUUCCAGCUGUUGAUGCUGCCGCUAGUGGGUGCAGCGGCAUCUGCAGCAGCUGCACUGCCUGGCUGCCGAACGAGAUGCGGCGAGAUUGACGUCCCCUACCCUUUUGGCAUCGGUCCUAACUGUUCGAGGGAAGGCUUCUCACUAGAUUGCAACACAACGGAUGAUGGCCUCGAGAAACUCUUUGUGUCCAACGUCGAGAUCACCGAUAUUUCAUUGCCACUAGGCCAGGCACGCAUGCUCAAUGAAAUAUCGUGGCAGUGUUACAACGUUAGCAACAAUUCCAUAUACGGCUAUGUCUGGUCUUUGAAUUUCGUCGACACACCAUACAGAUUCUCCGACGUCCACAACAAGUUCACUGUGAUCGGCUGCAACACCCUCGCCUACAUCGGAGAUUUCGAAAGGGCUGACAGCUACCAGAGCGGUUGCGUGUCUACAUGUCACAACGAGGUGAGUUUGGUCAACAGCUCAUCAUGCUCCGGCAUCGGCUGCUGCCAAACCUCCAUCCCCAAGGACCUCACAUACUAUAAGGUCUGGUUUGAUUCAGAUUUCAACAGCUCGAGCAUCUGGAACUUCAGUGACUGCAGCUAUGCCGUAUUGUUGGAGGCGAAUCAGUUUGAGUUCCUAACAUCUUACAUCACAACGUACCAAUUCUGGAACAACAACAACGGCAAGGCGCCUUUGGUGGUGGAUUGGGCGAUCGGAAACGAGACAUGCGAGGUAGCGCAGCGCAACAAAACCUCGUACGCCUGCAUCAGCGAGCACAGCGAGUGCUUGAACUCUUCCAAUGGUCCUGGGUAUCUUUGUAACUGUUCGAGUGGCUACCAUGGCAAUCCUUAUGUCGCUCAUGGCUGCCAAGACAUCGACGAAUGCUCCGUUAAAGAUCAAUAUCCUUGCCAUGGCACCUGCAAGAACCUGCCCGGUAGCUACAAUUGUUUCUGCCCGCCAGGUACACAUGGUGAUGCCUUCAAUGGAACAUGCACCCAACAGCAGAAACUUCAAUCAUCAGCGAAGGUGACUGUAGACCUUUAUCCUGAGACUGCAUUCUCUUCUAAUGUGCAAAUCGAGAAGAAACCUAUGUUAGUCUAUUUGCAGAAGCAAGACACAGCCUUGGGCAGAACCAAAAUGGAGGCGCUGUCAGUGUACCAGCUGCUGCUAAUGCUGUCGCUGACAGGUGCAGCGGCAUCUGCUGCAGGUUCACUGCAUGGCUGCCGAUCAAGAUGCGGCUUUCCACUAGAUUGCAGCACAACAGAUGAUGGCCUCGAGAAGCUUUUUGUGUUCAAUGUCGAGAUCGUCAACAUCUCACUGCCACUGGGGCAGUGUGCAAAUCGAGAGAUGGGUGUGCUGUUAGGGUAUCGCUUGUUCCAGCUGUUGAUGCUGCCGCUAGUGUGUGCAGCGGCAUCUGCAGCAGAUGCACUGCCUGGCUGCCGAACGAGAUGCGGCGAGGUUGACGUCCCCUACCCUUUUGGCAUCGGUCAUAACUGUGCGAUGGAAGGCUUCUCACUAGAUUGCAACACAACGGAUGAUGGUCUCGAGAAACUUUUUGUGUUCAACGUCGAGAUCACUAAUAUCUCAUUGCCACUAGGCCAGGCACGCAUGCUCAAUGAAAUAUCGUGGCAGUGUUACAACGGUAGCAACAACUCUACGGACUACUCUGACUGGUAUCUGAAUUUCGUCGGCACACCAUACAGAUUUUCCGACGUCCACAACAAGUUCACUGUAAUCGGCUGCGACACCCUUGCCUACAUCGGGGGUUUGAAAGGGAACGGCAGCUACCGGAGCGGUUGCGUGUCUGGGUGUCAAAACGAGGUGAGUUUGGUCAACAGGUCAUCAUGCUCCGGCAUCGGCUGCUGCCAAACCUCCAUUCCCAAGGACCUCGCAUACUAUGAGGUCUGGUUUGAUUCAAAUUUCAACAGCUCGAGCACCUGGAACUUCAGUGACUGCAGCUAUGCCGUAUUGUUGGAGGCGAAUCAGUUUGAGUUCCUAACAUCUUACAUCACAACGACCAAAUUCUGGUACAACAGAAACGGCACGGCACCUUUGGUGGUGGAUUGGGCGAUCGGAAACGAGACGUGCGAGGUAGCACAGCGCAACAUAACCUCCUACGCCUGCAUCAGCGAGCACAGCGAGUGUUUGAACUCUUCCAGUGGUCCUGGGUAUCUUUGUAACUGUUCGAGUGGCUACCAUGGCAAUCCUUAUGUCGCUCAUGGCUGCCAAGACAUCGACGAAUGCUCUGAUAAACAUCAAAAUCCUUGCCAUGGCAUCUGCCAGAACCUGCCCGGUAGCUACAAUUGUUUCUGCCCGCGAGGUACAUAUGGUGAUGCCUUCAAUGGAACAUGCACCCAACACCAGAGACUUCCAUCAUCAGUGAAGGUGGCUAUAGGUACUGGCAGUGGCUUGAUCUUUCUACUAAUUUCCGGCAUGUGUAUCUAUGUGAUUUUUCAAAGAAGAAAAUUCAUCAAGAUUAAGGAAAGAUAUUUUAGAGAACAUGGAGGUUGGAUAUUAUUGGAAGAGAUCAAGGCUAAAGAAAGAUAUUUUAGAGAACAAGGCCUUGCAUUUAAGAUAUUUGCCAAAGAAGAAUUAGAAAAAGCUACAGAGAAGUAUGAUAAGAACCGAGUCCUUGGCAGAGGAGGACAUGGUACCGUUUACAAAGGAGACUUGGAGGACAGUCGUGUCGUUGCCAUCAAGAAACCCAAGAUCAUUGAUGAGAGCCAAAAGAAUGAAUUUGGAAAAGAGCUGCUUAUUCUGUCGCAGAUCAACCACAAGAACAUAGUUAAGCUCUUGGGUUGUUGCUUGGAAGUGGAGGUUCCGAUGCUGGUUUAUGAGUUUGUCUCGAACGGGACCUUGUUCCAGCUGAUCCACGACAACAACAGGGCAUCUCCCUUUUCCUUGGUCACUCGCUUGAGGAUCGCUCAUGAGUCUGCCGAAGCUCUGGCCUGCUUGCAUUCAUCAGCUUCGCCUCCCAUCAUUCAUGGCGACGUGAAGUCUUCCAACAUCCUUUUAGAUGAAAACUAUACAGCAAAAGUUUCUGACUUUGGAGCUUCGAAGCUGGUUCCAAAAGAUGAGGAUCAGUUUGCUACCUUGGUGCAAGGGACUUGUGGUUACUUGGACCCAGAGUACCUCCAAACCUGCCAGUUGACAGAGAAAAGUGAUGUUUAUAGCUUCGGCGUAGUGCUUCUGGAGCUGAUGACCCGCAAGAAGCCAAUUUAUUUUGAAGCAUCUGAAGAUGAGAGGAGCCUCGCAUCAUGUUUUAUUCUGGCGACAAAGGAGAACCGACUUAUGGAGAUCUUGGAUGAUCAGGUGAGAAACGAAGGGGAUACGGAACUGAUUCAAGAAAUGAGCGAGCUCGCAAACAGCACCCAUGGAUACCGCAGAAUACCGAGGAGAGUGAGAGCUUGCUCAGUCAACCAUCGGUUGACCAUGAGACAUAUUAUCAUGGAAUUGAAACCACUACUAGCUAUAAUCCAGAGAAAAGAUUGGGAUUGGACAUCGAAUAUGGAAGAUGAUGACCUGGUGCAUGCCCAAACUCUCUGGUUCUCGAGGCUUCUUGAUGCAAUCUUGAAUUGAUACUGCUGCUAUGUAUACUUGUGAUCGUGUGUGUUUGUGCCAGUGUAUAAUAGCGAAGAAUAUUUAUUAAAUACUACAGGUAAUCUCUGUCAUUUCCUUGCUGGAA